UCGUGUCGAACAGAAAACAAACAUGGCGGCCGGAAGUUGGGAGAUCAAACUUCUCGGUCUGUACGACUUCCUCGUAGUUCUGUCGUCCUGAUAUCCGCAAAGACAUGCCGAGGGAACAAGAGCUUCUGGAGGCCGCUAGGCUGGGGAACAUCGCGGUUAUUGAAAAACUUCUGGUCCCGAAAACCAAGCGAUCGCCCGUGUCCCUGCAAGCUUUGACCAGUUUGCGGAGAGGAACCAGUCCCAACUGCCAGGACAACACAGGCUACACACCUCUGCACCAUGCUGCACUCAACGGACACAGGGAAGUGGUGGCCUUGCUACUGAACUAUGGUGCCUCUGCCAACCUGGCUGAUAGUAAGGGCAGCUACCCACUCCACCUAGCAGCAUGGACCGGUAAUGCAGACAUUGUCAGGUCCCUCAUACUACAUGGGCCAUCACAUGCCAAAGUCAACGAAAGGAACAAGGACAGUGAGACCCCUCUGCACUUUGCUGCCCAGUAUGGACACACUGCCGUAGUAAAGGUCCUGUUGGAGCAUCAUGCAGACCCCACGAUGAGAAACAAGCGAGAGGAGGCCCCCCUGGACCUGGCGUGUCUCUACGGAAGACUGGACACAGUGGAACUCCUGCUGAGGAAACACCCAACCCUGCUGGACAGGCCGGGGGGUCAGUCCACCCCCCUACACCUGGCCUCGCGCAACGGGCACAAACCUGUGGUGCAGGUCCUACUGGAGGCCGGCAUAGACAUCAACAAGAAGACUGAGAAUGGUACAGCCCUGCAUGAGGCUGCUCUCUGUGGGAAGGUGGACAUCGUCAGGCUGCUACUAGACUGUGGUGUAGACCCGUUAAUCCAGGACAAGUCAGGACAGACAGUUCUGGAGCUGCUGGCUGGUAUCCCCAAAGCUUCUGAGAUCACCAAACUCAUCAAAGACCACAUGAACAAGUUGUGCCUACCCAUCGGUAGCCUGGACUCCGCCCCGGCGUCUCCCUCUGUGAUUGACAGCUCGCCCGAACACGUGCAGAGUCCUUACGAUAACGUCCCGCAGCCAAUACCCAGCCCCUACCACAACAUCGGGGACGACGAUCAUGAUAUUCCCGCGCCCCCCGCGCAUGGGUCAACUUCUUCUGAGGAGGAGAACUUGUAUGACGAACCACCGAUAGAAGCCUUCAGGGGAAGGGAAAGAGAGGGGGAGAAUCGUCACUCCCAGAGUUCCUCUGGAAGCGCGUACGAGCUUCUCUCCGAAGCAACGUCGGGGCAGCCGCGACGCAGCCUCGUGUUCAAGUUUGAUCAAUCCCAGUCCCCGGUUUCGGAGAAGGGCGGCACCACCCCGCUCAGCCCCACCGGUUACAACCAGCCGCCGACGCCCGACCACCCACCACCGUCCGCUAACACCGCUGAGAACACCAUCCACCAGAGGUUUUUCCCUGUUCCACCAUCUUCUGGACAGGCCAGGACUGCCCAGACAGUAGAUGGGCACAGGGAUAUUCACACACAGGGCAGCUAUGAACCGGCAGAUGUGUCAGACAGCAGGCACGAGGAUUCAGUCGCAAUGGGCAGCAGGGAAAUAACGGAGGGAAAACUUGAAAGUCAGGCGUUAGACAGGCAUGAGAAUAUAGGUGAAAAGGACACCCUAGCGUUGCCUGAAGUGAGCCCGGUGUGGAAAAGGCUCUCACAGGAAGAGGCCAAGCAGAAACUAAAGGAAACACUCGCAAAGAAGCAGGCACAGAAAGCAGCAGACAGCCUCGAGAAGACAGCUGAUGAUGCAGUGGAAAAUUUGGAGGAAGAGAAGCAGAGUUUGGAUUCUGUUCAGGAGAAUUCUUUGACACAAAUUCCUGAGGAAGUUUCAACCAAUCAGGGAUCUCCCAGGAGGGAGGCUGUUCCGGCGAGCGGGCUUACUCCCUCCGACCUGAGCUCAGCCAGUUCGUCCACGAGUUACGAGAACAUCCCGGGACAGCAGUGGGACAGCACCAGCGAGUCAGCUUCCUCAAGGUCGGGCUCAAGGUCGGAGACGGCAGAAAACUUGGCCGAACUCUCCAGGACUACAGAACACUUCGACGGCAGCAAAGUCGCCGAUGAAAAGAACGUAAUCAGCCUCCAGAUAACGAGAGUAGGGUCGAACGCCGAGAGCGACAGGUCGGAGGCGGAAGGUCAUGUCGUAGGUCUUAGGUUAUCUGAAGGUGAGCUGCAGGACACGACCUUGACCGACCUGACCAGCGUGACCAGCAUGGACAGCCUCAGCGCAUUGUCCAGCCCUGCGGAGGAUGCUGGGAAGAGUGUGGAGCAUGCUGGGAAGAGUGCAGAGCAUGCUGGGAAAAAUGCAGAGCAUGUUGGGAAGAGUGCAGAGCAUGCUGGGAAGGACAUGGAGCAUGCUGGGAAGGGCCCAGAGCAUGCUGGGAAGAGCGUGUCGACCUCCGUGCACAUGGAGAAGACGCUGGUGGUGGAGUACCGGCCGGAGUCGGCGGAGAUCGUCAGGAGACGGGGAGCGGGCGGCUCCGAGGGGGAGAUCUCGCCGGCCAGCACGGAGAAACUGCUGCUGGACCUACAGCCCUUCGCUGCUCUCUGCCACGGGUCCAACCCGAAGACCCAGAGCCGAGUGUCGUCCAUCCUGUAUGAGUCUGUGCUAAAACAGGAGAUGGAGAACGAAGGCUUUGAAUCGGAGCCGACGUCACCGGAGGUUUCUGACACCGCGAGCUCAACCUCGGACGCCUCCCCGUUCCCCUCUCCAAGCCCGACCUCUCCCAGCAUGCCUGACUUCGAUGCCAUCAUUACGGAGACGGCGGAACACAACGUGGGCAGCAACGGCGGCAGGGAGCGCGAGGACUCUGGCUUCGAACAACCAGUCGACGAAACUGCAGAAUGGGAUCAGCUGACCUGA